ACUAAGCUAUAGUUGUAACGGAACCUUUUUUUUGAAAAAAAAGGAGAGAGUAGCACUGAUCCAAGAGAAUAUUAGGUACAACUUAUAUGCAGAAAAUCUAAUAUACAUGAAAUUUUUAUCGAUGUGGUAACACACUGGUCAUCAGUAGCGAAAUGCAUUUUAGGCGUCUGAUAUAGACUACUAUAUAAAAUGUUUCUCGUCACUGGAGCUUCAGAAAGUAUAAGUUAAGAUUUGUUUUUCUUUCCUAUUUAUUCUCUUUUUGUCAAUUUAACAGUAUUAUAUUAAUAUGACUAGCACAACAAGAAAGAGAAUUGAAACUUAUCAAAAUAAAGUUCCAUCUGAAUCAUGAUUACUUGGAUUUAUUAACUCAAACAUAUAUGUCUUUAAAACGCAGCUCUCAUGACGGCCUAUUUUCCAUGUGUAACGUUUGGGCAGAUUGCAGAGAUAUUGGACGAAGGGCAGACCAGUUGUGCUCUGGGCAGUUUCCUGUACAUGUUCAUGGGUCCAGCUCUGUGCACCUGCUGGGUGUUGGGGGCCAACUACAGGAGCAAACUGAGAGAGAAGUAUAAUCUGGUGGAAGCCCCAGCUGAGGACUGGGUGCUCCAUCUCUUCUGCUCAUGCUGUGCUCUCUGUCAGGAGUUCAGGGAGCUCCAGAACAGAGGCAUUGACCCUUCUCUAGGUUGGAUGGGACAUCUUGCCCAGAAGCAAGAGGCAAGGACUGUUCCUCCCCAGACCCAAUCCAUGAGCGCAUGAGGAGUUUAUGGAAGCUCAUUUUUUCUUGUUUGCUGUUAGUUUGACUUAACCUUGAAUUGGAAUUGUGUGAUUUUUGUUUGCAUAUAGAGCAUUGUUAUUGUUCAGGCACUUUGUUCUUUACACUGUAGCCACAAAAAUAAUCUGGCAUAUUCCAGUAAUAGAUUGUGCCGCAAAUAAAAAAAUCU